AUGCCACCGAUGCUGUUCAACUUUUCGACGAUAUCUACAACAAUAUUUCCAGGUACUCUAGAAGGAUCACUGACGGUAACCAAGCCCUACCCGCUGUUUGUCAAGCUUUCCGCCUCUUUUCGGACGCCGUUAAAGCCUUGA